GUACAAUAAAAAACAGCAAGUGUCAUUACAGGCUUCACAGCUCAUCAAAUCCAGCCAUUAAUUAACAUUUUACGGAGUAUUAUUAUUGUCCACUGCUUCAUCACUUCUUCCUCUCAUCCUUGUUCCUCUUCUCUCUACUGUUUCUCUCUCCUCUAGUCCAGAGUAGUCUUAGCUGAAAAUAGCUUAGACUUCAGAAAUUGCAUACCAGCGGAAACCAGAUCCUCAUUGCGGACUCCAGGCUCACUCUGAAUUUUUGUGGGUGGUGGGUAACCGACACAAGAGGAAGGGAGAAACAUCAAAAUGUACGGUAGAGAUCCGUGGGGUGGUCCGUUGGAAAUCAACGCCGACUCAGCUACGGAUGACGAGCGGAGUCGGAAUUUACAGGACGUGGACAGGGCGGCGGUGUCGCGGUCGCUAGACGAGACGCAGCAGAGCUGGCUGCUCGGUCCUACGGAACAGAAGAAGAAGAAGAAGUACGUGGAUCUGGGGUGCAUAAUUGUGAGCAGGAAGGUGUUUAAGUGGACAGUGCUGAGCAUCUUAGCUGCCGGCCUUUUGGCCGGCUUUAUCACCUUGAUUGUCAAACUUGUGCCCCGCCACCAUCCCCACCCCCCACCUCCCGAUAACUACACCCUCGCUCUCCACAAGGCGCUCAUGUUCUUCAAUGCUCAGCGUUCUGGAAAACUACCAAAGCACAAUAAUGUAUCAUGGAGAGGCAAUUCAUGUAUGCAAGAUGGCAAGUCAGAAGAUAGUGCAUCACCAUUUAAGGAUUUGGUUGGUGGCUACUAUGAUGCUGGAGAUGCAAUCAAGUUUAAUUUCCCUCAAUCUUUUGCCAUGACCAUGUUGAGUUGGAGUGUAAUCGAAUACAAAGCAAAGUAUGAAGCUGCUGGUGAGCUGAACCAUGUUAAAGAAAUUAUCAAGUGGGGUACUGAUUAUCUACUCAAAACCUUCAAUUCUUCAGCCGAUACUAUUGAUCGGGUGGUAGCUCAGGUCGGAUCUGGGGAUACUUCAGGAGGGAGUACAACAUCAAAUGAUCAUUAUUGUUGGAUGCGGCCCGAAGACAUUGACUAUGAUCGUCCUGUGACCGUCUGCCACAGUUGCUCUGAUCUUGCGGCGGAUAUGGCUGCUGCUCUUGCAUCUGCAUCUAUUGUAUUCAAGGACAACAGAGCUUACUCACAGAAACUUGUUCAUGGUGCUCGGACUCUCUUCCAGUUUUCUAGGGACCAACGUGGCAGGUACAGUGUUGGAAAUGAAGCAUCAAUUUUCUAUAAUUCCACCAGCUACUGGGAUGAAUUUCUCUGGGGAUCAACCUGGCUGUAUUAUGCUACUGGAAAUUCUUCCUAUCUUCAACUUGCAACACAUCCAAAACUAGCUAGGCAUGCAGGUGCUUUUUGGGGUGGAAAAUAUUAUGGUGUUAUGAGUUGGGAUAGCAAGCUUGCUGGAGCUCAAAUCCUUCUGAGUCGUAUGCGGUUAUUUUUGAGUCCUGGAUAUCCGUAUGAAGAAAUUCUGAGUACAUUCCACAACCAGACAAGCAUAGUCAUGUGCUCCUAUUUGCCAUAUUUUAACUCUUUUAACAGAACCAAAGGAGGCUUGAUACAGCUUAACUAUGGGGCUCCUCAACCUCUUCAGUAUGUAGUAAAUGCAGCAUAUUUAGCUACCUUGUUUGCUGAUUACCUUGAGGCUGCCGAUACUCCUGGAUGGUACUGUGGACCCAAUUUCUACUCCAUUGAUGUCCUGCGUAAAUUUGCUCAAACACAGAUCGAGUAUAUCCUUGGGAAGAACCCGAAAAAGAUGAGCUACAUUGUUGGAUUUGGCAACCACUACCCAAAACAUGUUCACCAUCGCGGUGCAUCAAUACCUAAGAACAAGAUCAAGUACAAUUGUAAAGGAGGAUGGAAAUGGAGGAAUUCAAAGCAGCCAAAUCCUAAUAUCGUCGUUGGUGCCAUGGUCGCCGGUCCAGACAAACAUGAUGGUUUCCAGGAUGUCCGCACCAAUUACAAUUACACAGAGCCCACAAUAGCAGGCAAUGCGGGUUUAGUGGCUGCCCUUGUUGCUUUAUCUGGUGGGAAAAGUGUUGGAAUUGAUAAAAACACAAUGUUUUCUGCGGUGCCUCCAAUGUUCCCCACCCCGCCCCCUCCGCCAGCGCCUUGGAGGCCUUGAACAGCCAUCCUUGGUUUACAUCAAUGUCUCCUCUUUUCAUAUCUCUUCUGCAUAUUGACCUUUUUUGUUAUCACUAUUAUAGUGUUAUAUGAUUGAUUGAUUGAUACUGGAAUUCGACUCCAUUGCAUUUCAACAGCCAGUACCAAAUGUCGAUUGUAUAUUGGGUGCAUUUGAGUGCCCCAAUCAUGUUGUAUACAGGUAUAUCUAUGUAUAUUACAGUUAAGUGAUUUUUUUUGACACGUUAUUGUAAUUCAAAGUGUGACACUCAGUUCAUAAAUUAUCAUUGCAGCAACAUGGCGUGUUUACCAGUUGUGGAUACCGAAUUUUCAUCAACCUUUAUACGAAAAACUCUUGAUUGAUGUCAGAGUGUCAGACAGUCAGAGUAUGUUUCAUCAAAAUAAGAUAUUACAUGAAGAAUAGUGUACAUGAAAUCCGGGUCCAAUCCCA